GCGCGCAGCUGUAACGCGGGUCGUACCAUGUUAAGAACCUCCUUUACAUUAGUGCGAAUCCUACGUUUAAUUAAACAUUUGAACCGAUAAAUACAAGAUUUAACACUUUUAAAUGCAUUUUACGAUUUGUUACGAUCGGGUGUUUAAUUCGGCUUAAAAUAAAAACACCUGAGAUCGUGUUUUUAGUGUCAGAGCUGUGAUGUUGUGAGGAGAGUGAGUGGUUUAAUACAUGUCAGCUAAGCGGCGGCGCCAUGUUGUGUUCGCGGUAUUUUGAAUGGAGUCUGGUGUAACGCUUCCUCCGCGCUGACCUGGACUCAACGACGGACACACUCACACUCACAGGACGGACAGCAGCGGGGGAGGACACGGUGUCCACGACCGAGACCUGACGUCUUUAACCCGGUGAAGACAUGAAAGACUUCUUCUAACUAACAUGGACCCAUUCAAACAGCAGAGAGUGGAGGACUUCUAUGAGAUCGGUGAAGAGCUGGGAAGCGGGCAGUUUGCCAUCGUGAAACAAUGCAGAGAGAAGAGCACGGGGCUGCCGUUCGCCGCCAAGUUCAUCAAGAAGCGGCAGAGCAUGGCCAGCUCUCGAGGGGUGCGGCGGGAGGAGAUCGAGCGGGAGGUGGACAUCCUGCAGCAGAUUCAGCAACCCAACAUCGUCACGCUGCACGACGUCUACGAGAACCGGACCGACGUGGUGCUUGUCCUGGAGCUGGUCUCCGGAGGCGAGCUGUUUGACUUCCUGGCGCAGAAAGAGUCUCUGAGCGAGGAAGAGGCCACGCAGUUCAUCAAGCAGAUCCUGGAGGGGGUGAACUACCUCCACGCCAGAAAGAUCGCUCAUUUCGACCUCAAGCCUGAAAACAUCAUGCUGCUGGACAAGAACGUGCCACUGCCGAGAAUCAAACUCAUCGAUUUCGGUCUCGCCCACAAGAUCGAAGCCGGGGUCGAGUUCAAAAACAUCUUUGGAACACCUGAGUUCGUAGCUCCGGAGAUCGUCAACUACGAGCCGCUGGGACUGGAAGCAGACAUGUGGAGCAUCGGGGUCAUCACCUACAUCCUGCUGAGCGGUGCUUCACCUUUCCUCGGGGAGACCAAGCAGGACACGCUGAGGAACAUCUCAGCCAUAAAUUAUGAGUUUGACGAGGAGUUCUUCUGUCACACCAGCGAGCUGGCCAAGAAAUUUAUCAGCCAGCUGCUGGAGAAAGAUAAGAAGAAGAGAUUAACAAUUCAAGAUGCGCUGAAUCACCCGUGGAUCAAGUCCAACGAGCACAAGGAGGAGAACAAAGCCCAGGAGCCCAAGAAACGGGAGCGACGCCAGCUGAAGACAAAGCGCCUGAGGGAGUACACCAUCAAGUCCCACUCCAGCAUGCCGCCCAACAACACCUACGUGAACUUUGAGCGCUUCGCCCAGGUGGUGGAGGACAUUGACCAGAUGGAGGGCUCGUUCGUCAGCCUGGCAGCAGCCCACGACUCCCUGCAGGAAGACAUCGACGCCAUGGUGUCCAUAUACAACGAGAAGGAGGCGUGGUACAAGGAGGAGAGCGAAGGCGUGCGCCACGAGCUCUCGCAGAUCCGCUACGAGUUCCGCAAGGUGGAGGCCUUCAAGAGGAGCCUGCAGGACGACAUGGAGGCCUUCAGCUGCAGCCUCAGCGCCGUCAGCAGCCGCUACCAGGAGAGGCAGAGCCACUUCGACGCUCUGCGCCUGGAGCUCAGCAACGAGCUGAAGUGGGUGCAGGACGUGAUGGGUUCGUUUCCCACGGACGGAGGCGGUGGAGGUUACCCCAACUGCAGCUUCUCCACCGUCUUCAACAACGACGUGAACGAAGCCCUGAAGGAGCUGCUGAACCGCUCGUGUGGAGGAGAGCUGCUGUCCGGCAUCAACCUGGACUUUGAGACCGGACAGCAGAGAUGAAGAGUCGCCUCACGAGAGGCCGCAAUGUUUAUAAUUUAAUAUUUUAUAUGAUUUUCAUGCUGAAGGUGUCUUCAACUCAUCAUUUUGAGUCAGUCUGUUGUGCUGUAAUAUCUUUUUAAAAUGUGGAUUUUGUCUGUGACAGCUUAAUAUAAAAACAUUACACUUAUAUUGUUGCCAUGGAUUUAUUGAUAUAUUUCAUGAUUUCCAUAUAGAGUAGAUCAAAACUGCCCAACAUGAGCAGCCAACCAUCACCCAGGUCCCCAGCAGCAGACCCAGCAGCUCCUCCAUCAGCGUCCUCUUCGCUCUCUUCUCCUCUGCCAUCAUGUCCAUCAUAUUACCUGUUAUCCCAGCUCGGGUUCUGGCAUGACACCGGCUCCGCUACCUAUCAGCAUUCCCUGAAAACCUCCUCUUCU